GCUGCUCCGUGACCCGAGCGGCGACUCCGGGUCGCAGGUGGCGGAGUGCGGGGUCGCGGGGGCUGGAGCUCGGGCUGGACAGCGGCAUCGGGGAUCCGGACGGCGCAGCUCGGCGGCAGGCACAGCCAUGGAGCCAGGCAGCAUGGAGAACCUCUCCAUAGUGUACCAGAGCCGCGACUUUCUGGUGGUCAACAAGCACUGGGAUGUGCGCAUUGACAGCAAGACAUGGCGAGAGACGGUUACUCUCCAGAAGCAGCUGCGUCACCACUUUCCUGAGCUGGCUGACCCCAACACCUACUAUGGCUUCAGAUUCUGCCACCAGCUGGACUUCUCCACUAGUGGGGCGCUCUGUGUGGCCCUGAGCAAGGCAGCUGCCGGCAGUGCCUACAGGUGCUUCAAAGAGCGGCGUGUCACCAAGGCUUAUCUGGCUCUGUUGCGGGGCCAUGUCCAGGAAAGCCGCGUGACCAUCAGCUAUGCCAUUGGCAGGAGCAGCACAGAAGGCCGGGCCCACACCAUGUGCAUCGAGGGCACUCCAGGCUGUGAGAACCCGAAGCCGAGCCUGACGGAACUGGUGGUCCUUGAGCACGGGCUGUACUCUGGGGACCCCGUCUCCAAGGUGCUGCUGCAGCCACUUACAGGCCGGACGCACCAACUGCGAGUGCACUGCAGCGCCCGCGGCCACCCCGUGGUAGGCGAUUUAACGUACGGGCGGGGCGGCAGCCAGGAGGAGCGGCCCUUUCGCAUGAUGCUGCACGCCCUCUACCUGCGGGUGCCCACAGAUGCCGAGCGUGUCGAGGCCUGUACACCCGAUCCCUUCGUGCCUGCCCUGGACGCCUGCUGGAGCCCCCACACCCUAGUGCACCCCCUCAACCAGCUCAUCCAGGCCCUGCGAGCAGCCCCUGACCCUGACCCCACCGUCUGGGGCCCCCAGCCCUGCAGCCCCACCACACCCCACUCCGUGACCCCCGAGACCGAGGCACAGCAGGCCUCUUGCCUACAGUGGCUGCUGGAGUGGACACUGGAGCCAGACAGCUGAGUGGGCAGCCAGGGUGUAGGGUGGCAGCUGGAACCCCAGGAUGGGGCUGCAGGACAGAACCCCAGACCCACCCUGAGGCAAGUGGUGUCCCUAGUGGGCACACAGAUGGCUGCUGGCUCCUCACUGGAGGAGAAUUUAGGCCCACCCUGACUGCUGCAGGUUGAGGGCUGCGGUGUAGCCUGUCGGUCAGCAGGGGGAGCCAGGCAGUUGCAGGUGGAGGAGCGCCCAGGAAGUGCUGAUGCCUGGUCACCAGGGAAACCGAGGCCCUUCUUUUCUCCUGAAAAGCGUUUCUGGCUUCUAACCCUCACCCUCGGGCCCCCAAUUUACAGACAGGAUGGAGGCCAGGGAGGGGGAGUGACUUCCCACAGUCACCCAGCUGGAUAGGGCAGAGUGGGCCUUGAUCCCCAGCACCCACAGUCCCUGCCGUGCCCCUACCACCUGAAGUGACGCAUUUCCUUUGCUCCUCUGCCUGGAGCCCCUCGUCCUAUCGUCUGCAGACCCCGGCCCCUCUCCCUGUCUACCCACCGUGGUCUUCACACCCUGCUAGCCCACCUCUCUCUGUGCCUUUGUUUCUGCUAGAUUCCGCCUGGGAGCCCAUCCCCCUCCACCUGGGUCCUAGGGAUGAGGGGGGUGGUGGCUGAGGAGCCCCAGCUGCUCACCCACCCCUCUACACCUAUCAGGGGUGUGCUCCACUAUAGGGUCUUCGGGCUCCUAGCCUACCUCUGGCACUGCCUACUCCCACGAACCCCUGGCUUACAGGAACCCCAGCCUGGGAGCCGUGGGCAGCUUGGGUCUCACCUCCUGUCUCCCCGCAAUGUGCCAACUACAGCUUAACUUCAGGGACUCAGAAUAAACUCAGUGACAGACCCUACGGGUGACCAAGAACGUGUCUGAUGUUAGGGUCUUGGGGGGUUCUGGAGACCCGGACCCUUCAUGCCUCCUUCCUGAACCAGCAGGCCUCUGCCCUGAAACUACCAGUAGGGCUCAGACCACCUCAGGUUGCUAGCUGUUGACCUGAGCCCCAGCUGUGCAGGGGUACCCUACAGCCCAGCUUGAGGGCUGGGCUAUCAGCAGGGAUGGAGAGGGUGGAGGCCAGGUCAGGCCCACCCUGGAGGACCCCCAGGCUUCCCAGGGCCUCCCAGCCAAGUUUCCCAGGGCCUCUUAGAGUCACCUCCACCUCAGUGCUCACCCCCAAACUCUCAGAGCACUGGGUGGUGGGGGUGGUGGAGGUUGCACAGGGCUGCAGUUCUGGGCCUGGCAUCUAGUCUUGGGCCAGCCCCACCUGUGACCACAGUGGGGUGGCAGCAGGGCUAAGGCAGGGCAGAGACCCAAGUCAGAACCCCAGAGACAGGGUGGCCGGGUUGGAGGUCCGGCCUAACUGCCUGAGGGCUGCAUGGUCUAGGGCAAGUUACUGCUGCCCCCGUGUCUGUUUCCUUCUCUGUUAAGGGGGACUUGAAUGGGUCAAAGGAGGCCACACGAGCCCGUGGGGCACCCCAUUCUCAGUUGCUGUCUAGCCAAUGGGACCACUCAUCCCCUGGCCCUGCCUUUUUCAGUUGUUGUCUAGCCAAUGAGACCACUCAUCUCCUGGCCCUGCCCUCUUGCUGUCUAGCCAAUGGGACCACUCAUCCCCAGUCCUGCCCUCACACACCUCUCUCACUAGUUCUCAUACUUGCUGAGCCCUGCCUACCAUAGGCUCCACACCACAAACUCAUCCCCCUUUGU